AUGGGCGAGAUCCGGCGGCAGGGAAAGCUCUGCGAUGUGACGCUCAAGGUCGGGGACCACAAGUUCAGCGCUCACCGGAUCGUUCUGGCAGCUUCCAUCCCCUAUUUCCACGCCAUGUUCACCAACGACAUGAUGGAGUGCAAGCAGGAUGAGAUCGUCAUGCAGGGCAUGGAUCCCAGUGCGCUGGAGGCUCUGAUCAACUUUGCCUACAACGGGCACCUGGCCAUAGACCAGCAGAACGUGCAGUCCCUGCUGAUGGGGGCGAGUUUCCUGCAGCUGCAGAACAUCAAGGACGCGUGUUGCACCUUCCUCAGGGAGAGGCUUCAUCCCAAGAACUGCCUGGGUGUCCGGCAGUUUGCCGAGACCAUGAUGUGCACGGUGCUCUACGACGCCGCCAACAGCUUCAUCCACCAGCACUUCGUGGAGGUCUCCAUGUCCGAGGAGUUCCUGGGCCUGCCCUUCGAGGAUGUCCUGGAGCUCGUCUCCAGGGAUGAGCUCAACGUCAAGUCCGAGGAGCAGGUGUUUGAAGCUGCCCUGGCCUGGAUCCGGUACGACAGAGACCAGAGGGAAUCCUUCCUGCCCGAGCUGCUCUCCAAAAUCCGGCUGCCCCUGUGCCGGCCGCAGUUCCUCACGGACCGCGUGCAGCAGGACGACCUGGUGCGCUGCUGCCACAAGUGCAGGGAUCUGGUUGACGAGGCCAAGGAUUACCACCUGAUGCCGGAGCGCCGGCCGCACCUGCCGGCGUUCAAGACGCGGCCGCGGUGCUGCACGUCCAUCGCGGGGCUGAUUUACGCCGUGGGGGGACUCAACUCAGCAGGCGACUCUCUGAACGUGGUGGAGGUGUUUGACCCCAUUGCCAACCGCUGGGAGAAGUGCCAGCCCAUGGCCACGGCGCGGAGCCGCGUCGGCGUGGCCGUGGUCAACGGGCUGCUCUACGCCAUCGGCGGCUACGACGGCCAGCUGAGGCUCAGCACCGUGGAGGUUUACAACCCCGACAGCGACUCCUGGUCCAAAGUGGAAAGCAUGAACAGUAAAAGGAGCGCCAUGGGGACGGUGGUGCUGGAUGGGCAGAUCUACGUGUGCGGUGGGUACGAUGGAAACUCAUCCCUCAACUCGGUGGAGUCCUACUCUCCAGAAACAAACAAGUGGACAGCAGUGACCCCCAUGAGCUCCAACCGCAGCGCUGCCGGCGUCACCGUGUUCGAGGGACGGAUCUACGUGUCCGGAGGGCACGACGGGCUCCAGAUCUUCAACAGCGUGGAAUACUACAACCCGCACACCUCCAGCUGGCACGCGGUGUCGCCCAUGCUGAACAAGCGGUGCCGGCACGGCGCGGCCGCGCUGGGCAGCCGAAUGUUCGUGUGCGGCGGCUACGACGGCUCCGGUUUCCUCAGCGCCGCCGAGGUCUACAGCUCCGUGGCCGACCAGUGGUACCUGAUCGUGCCCAUGAACACCCGGCGCAGCCGCGUGUCCCUCGUGGCCAACUGCGGCCGGCUCUACGCCGUGGGCGGCUACGACGGACAGUCCAACCUCAGCUCGGUGGAGAUGUACGACCCCGAGACCAACCGCUGGACGUUCAUGGCGCCCAUGGUGUGCCACGAGGGCGGGGUGGGCGUGGGCUGCGUGCCGCUGCUCACCAUCUGA